AUCUCUUAAAAGGUUGAUCUGCGUGACUUUUACAAGACUAGCCUUGCGUUAUCAGAGACGUAUAAAAGGCGGCCUGGGUCAGAGGGGCCUUCACAUUAUUUGUCCUCAAAACUUAGAUACAUCAAAAUGAAAUUCGUGGCAAUUUUUGCAGCUGUUUGCUAUGUCGCCAUGAUAACGGCGGAGGAUUGUCCCACCAACAAUGUUAGCACCGAGUGCACACACCUGGUCUGCGCCACUGGUUUCCACAAGGAAUGCAUACGCAACGUCUGCACGUGCUCAACGGAUGUUGAGUGCGCCCUCCAGCGGGACUGCCAUGACAGCGGUAACAGAACCUGCAACCGGGAAUGGCACUGCGUAGACGGGAGAUGCCGCUGCUUCGGGUCCCUUGGUUAAACCUCCAAACAACAACCACACGUGUAUUAUACCUAUGUAUGCAUGUAAAUAAAGGCAUGAGCUCACCAUAAA